UUUCGAUGCAGGAUUCCUCCGCAGCUGUAGCAAAAAUGGCUGGCUCCCCGCAGAAAAGUCUGCUCUUCGUGUAUCAAGGCCAAGCGCCACUCCGAUUUGCGCGCCCCCACAAUGCAAGCGGUGUGCUACCAGGGGCUUGACUCUACCUAGAUAGCUAUGGGACCAUGGCCGGACCAACAGACCCAGUCUGCCCCAGGUUUCGCGUUUGCCAAUGAUGAGCUGAUAUUUUCUCACGACGGACUUGAACCCUCUGAUUCGCUGGGGCUGAACGAGACCGAUAGAUCCUCGUUCAACGUUCGGACCAACGCGUCAGAUUUUUGGGUCGGUUCAGCGGGUUCCCCACCGCAACGUCGAAUAAGUUAUGUCAGAUGGUGCUCACUUGGUGAAAUGAACUGUCAAGAACAACUUGUUCUAAUUCUUUAUUUUAUUUUACUUUGCUUAGAUAUGUUAUCAGUCCUUAGUGAAACAUGGAUAGGAAACAAAUUAGUUAGAAUAUAAACCAUGGACUAUCUCGCAGAAAAGGACUGAUUGAGCGCUGUAGGAAAAUGAAUGGGAAAGUCAACAAGAAGAUUAAAUGAAAACGCCACCCUUCAGCAAAAGCUUUCCUUAACGCGCACUUGUUCUAAAGAGGCAUCCUAAAUUACGCAAGAAGAUAAUGACAACAGAAAUAAGGAAGAAUGGGCGCGGGAAUUUUAAGAAUAGAACAAAUGAACAAAGUGAGAAUGAAAUCCAGCCAACAGGAGAAUACAGGUUGAAAGCAAACCUUGCUUCACUAAAGUAAAGAGGGGGGGAGGAAAAGAAAAGGGAAAAGAAAAGAGGAAAAGAGAAGAGAAAAAGAAACGAAAA